AUGAAGUUAAUGAAUGGCAUUGGGGGACACAAAGCCACCAACCGCUUUCUGGACUGGCUGGAAGCACUGGAAUCUGGAAUACGGCAUCCCCGCUGGCGCCGCACACAGUGCACCAUAAAUAUCCGCUCAAAAGCAGGCUACCUCCGACAGGAAAGAGGAGGAAAACAGGGUGAUCUCACUGUGAAGGCGAAGAGCCCUGCUUGGGUCCGUGGAGAAAGCAGCGGGGAGAAGCAGAGGCAGCAGAACUGUCACUACGGCUGGUUUACUUCUGUGCCAAGGGAAGGGAGCUGCUGUUCCUAUUCCAGCCUGGCCUGGGCUCUGCAGACGCGCUGUUCCAUCUCCAGCCCCCGGAGCGUGACAGUGGAGCAAUGCAGACACAGCAGUUUCUUCAAUAGGUUGACAGCUGAUGAGUUAUGGAAAGGAGCUUUGGCAGAGACUGGUGCGGGAGUGAAGAAAGGAAGAGGAAAGAGAAGGAAGAAGAAGAUAAGGAAGAAUCUCAACAGAGGCCAGGAGAUUGGUGAAGGACGUUCCGGUAUGCUCUGGCCUGGUCUUAAUGCUCCUGUGAUACAAAGUGGAAGAGUCCAAGCAGUUAGCCAGCGAAAGAAAGAAGAGCAAGAGAGAAUUCAGUCUGAAAUUGUUCAGCAGAGAGACAUGUGGGAGAAGAAAAGAAAAUUAAAAGUUAAGAGAGAAGGCGGUUGGAGCGGACAUUGUUGGGGAGGUGUCCUUCUGGACCCCCCUGACCCGGGUCCCAAUGGAGAGACUUAUGAAGACUUUGAAACAAGAGUCAUUGAGGUGAAAAAUGUAUUUUGUAUGAAGGCAAAGGAAGGCCGAAAAAAAUCAAUUCGUGCUGUCGUUGCUAUUGGAAAUGGAAAAGGGGCUGCAGGGUUUGCAGUGGGAAAAGCAGGUGACAGGAUGAACGCAUUGCGGAAAGCAAAGAACAAAGCGAUACGCUGCUUGCAUUUUAUUGAACUCUAUCAAGACCACACGAUUUAUCAUGACAUUAAUGUGAGAUUUAAAAGGACAACCAUCCGCAUGAAGAAGCAAAAUAAAGGCUAUGGACUUCAUUGCCACCGAGCUAUCAUCACCAUCUGCAAACUAAUUGGCAUUAAAGACAUGUAUGCCAGGGUUUCUGGUUCCAAAAACUUGAUCAACAUCACGAGAGCUCUCUUUAAAGGCCUAACCGAACAGAAGACCCACCAGCAGUUGGCCAACCAGAAGAACCUCCACGUCGUGGAGUUUCGGGAGGAGUGUGGCCCCCUGCCCAUCGUUGUGGCAUCGCCCGAGGGGGCCGUGCGCGAAGACCCCGAGCCCGAAGAUGAGGUCCCAGACACCAAGCUGGAGUGGAGCGACGUGAAGGAAGCCCAGGGGAUGAAGAAGAACCCCUGGGCGAAGGUCAGGCGGGCAGUGUGCUAG